CACAGAACUCCAAGGCAGAGAGAGGCCCAUGGGCCAUGGCGACGAGGACAUACACGUAACCACCGAGCCACGCCUUUGUUCGGCCUCCGACCUCCCCAUCAUGGCGGCUCCUCACGUCCUGGCCCUGCCCUUCCCUGCCCAGGGCCACGUCAUCCCUCUGAUGCAGCUCUCCCACCGGCUCGUCGAGCACGGCAUCGAGGUCACCUUCGACAACACCGAGGCCAACCACGCGCUCGUGCUCGACGGCAUCCACCUGGUGGGCGUCCCGGACGGGCUGGCGGACGGCGACGACCGCAAGGACAUCGGCAAGCUCGCGGACGCGCUCUCGCGGCACAUGCCGGGCUACCUGGAGGAGCUCGUCAGGAGGGUCGAGGCGUCCGAGGGCACAAAGAUCAGCUGGCUCAUCGCUGACCAGGGCAUGGGGUGGGCGUUCGAGGUCGCCAAGAAGCUCGGCAUCAGGGCCCCCUGCUUCUGGUCUGGGUCCGCGGCCUUCCUCGCCUCACUGUUCAGAGUUCCGCAGCUGAUACAGGACGGCGUCAUCGACGAGAAAGGCUGGCCAAAGUGACAGGAGACGCUCCAGUUCGCGCCCUGGAUGCCGCCGCUCCACACGUCGCGCCUGUUGUGGAACAACGCCGGCGCGCCGGAGGGCCAACCGGGCGUCUUCCAGCUGGUGACCCGGAACAACGAGGCCAAAGACCUCGCCGAGGUCAUCGUGGGCAACUCGUUCCGAGACGCCGAGCCGGGCGCUUUCAAGCUGCACCCGGAGAUCCUGCCCAUCGGCCCCCUGGUCGCCGACCUGCAGUUCAAGAAGCCUGUCGGGCAUUUCCUGCCCGAGAAUGCCAGGUGCCUCGAGUGGCUCGACGUGCAGCCCGGGCGCUCCGUCGUGUACGUGGCGUUCGGCAGCUUCACCGUCUUCAGCCCGCACCAGUUCGAGGAGCUCGCGCUGGGGCUGGAGCUCACCGGCCGGCCGUUCCUGUGGGUGGUGCGGCCCGACUUCGCCGCCGGCCUGAGCAAGGCGUGGCUCGACGAGUUCCAGCACCGCGUCGGCGGCUCCGGCAUGAUCGUGAGCUGGUGCCCCCAGCAGCAGGUGCUGGCGCACGGCGCGGUGGCGUGCUUCGUGUCGCACUGCGGGUGGAACUCGACGAUGGAGAGGGUGCGGAACGGCGUGCCGUUCCUGUGCUGGCCCUACUUCACGGACCGGUUCCAGAACGAGAGCUACAUCUGCAACAUGUGGAGGACCGGCCUGGCGCUGGAGCCCGGCGCGGACGGCGUCGUGACCAAGGAGGAGCUGAGCGGCAAGGUGGAGCGGGGCCAUGUCAUCCCCAUGAUGGAGCUCUCCCACUGCCUCGUCGAGCACGGCGUCAAGGUCACCUUCGUCAACACCGAGCUGAACCACGGGCUCAUCCUCGAUGCCAUGGCGACCAGGGACAGCGAGCUCGGCGGGGUCGCCAUGGUGUCCAUACCGGACGGCCUGGGCAGCGGCGACGAUCGGAAGGACCUCGCCCGUCUCACCGACUCGUUCUCGACGGUCAUGCCUGGCGAGCUGGAGAAGCUCGUUGGCAGGAUCAAUGCCGACGCGACGGGGAGCGAGAGGAUCAGCUGGCUGAUCGCCGACGUGAACAUGGCGUGGGCCUUUCCCGUGGCGAAGAGGCUCGGCCUCCGGGCCGCCGGGUUCUGCCCGUCGGCGGCGGCGAUGUUCGCGACGAGGAUCAAGAUUCCGGAGAUGAUACGCGACGGUGUGCUUGACGAGGGGGGCUGGCCGAGGUGGCGCGGCACGUUCCAACUGGCUCCGGCGAUGCCACCCAUCGACACGUCCGAGUUCUCGUGGAACCGCGCCGGCGACCCCAGGGGCCAGCCGAUCAUCUUCCAGCUGAUCCUCCGGAACAACGCGGCCACGCACCUCGCCGAGACCAUCGUCUGCAACUCCAUCCAGGAUCUCGAGCCCGGAGCCUUCGCGCUGUUCCCCGGCGUCCUCCCCGUGGGCCCGCUCUCCUCCGACAAGCCGGUCGGCAGCUUCUGGGCCGAGGACGCCUCCUGCGCGGCGUGGCUGGACGCGCAGCCGGCCAGCUCCGUCGUGUACGUGGCGUUCGGCAGCUUCGCCGCCUACGACGCCGCGCAGCUCGUGGAGCUGGCCGAGGGCCUCCUGCUCACCUCCCGGCCGUUCCUGUGGGUGGUCAGGCCGGGGUCGGCGGGCGAGGAGCUCCUCGAGCGGCUCCGCCGCCGCACCGCGCCGCGCGGGCGCGUGGUGGGCUGGUGCCCGCAGCGGCGCGUGCUGGCGCACCCCGCGGUCGCCUGCUUCCUGACGCACUGCGGCUGGAACUCGACGAUGGAGGCCGCGGCGAACGGUGUGCCGCUCCUGUGCUGGCCCUACUUCACCGACCAGUUCCUGAACCAGAGGUACAUCUGCGACGUGUGGAGGACGGGGCUCAAGGUGCCGCGGCCGGCCGGCGGCGGGACGGUGCAGCUCGUGGGGAGGGACGUGGUGCGGGGCAAGGUGGAGGAGCUGCUCGGCGACGCCGGGACGAAGGCGAGGGCGCUCGCGCUGCGGGACCUCGCCCGGCGGGCCGUCGGCGAGGACGGGCCGUCGCGCCGGAAUCUCAAAGGAUUUGCGGACCUCGUGAAAGGAUCGGCGAGCUGAUGCCUGAUGAAGCAAGAGAGCGAAUCGAUCAUAGGGAUGGACACUUGCACCGUGAAAUUUGCAGCGUUUGUACUCUAGCGGAUUGAAUUCCAGAAACAGCCAAUGGCAUCUAUUUGAUCAAACGUAUAGUACAUAUUAAAAUCUGUGGACGUGUUGUGCUUGGCUUCUCGCAGGCGGUUGUC